AAUAGUCUUUACGACAAUUUCUGACCGUUGCCGACACAAACACGGGGACGUCAGAAAACAUGAGGUCAAAAGUUAUUACCCUCGUCUGCAUAUAAUUCAACAUAACGCAAAGAAAUGGCCAGCUCCAUGGUGGCAGCGGGACUGGCUCUGGCUGCAGCUGGAUUCGCAGGUCGAUAUGCCAUGCAGGCUAUGAAGCAGAUGGAGCCUCAGAUGAAACAAGCCCUUCAAAGCUUCCCCAAGAAUGCCUUUGGAGGUGGUUACUAUAGAGGUGGGUUUGAACCAAAGAUGACUAAGAGAGAAGCUGCCUUAGUUUUAGGCGUCAGUCCCACUGCCAGUAAGAAUAAGAUCAGAGAAGCCCACAGAAAACUGAUGGUACUAAACCACCCAGAUAGAGGUGGCUCUCCCUACCUAGCAGCGAAGAUUAAUGAGGCUAAAGAUCUGAUUGAAGGCCAGACCAAGUGACAAUGCUGGACCAAGCCACCUCAUGCUUGCUCAUCGUGUUCUCGAGCAAUUGUUUUGUGUUCUCGAAUAAAUCCCAUCGUGCGAAUUCUUAAUAGAACGCUCCCGUGUUUUGUUGUGAGCAUUUCGUGAGGUCAAAAUGAGCACACACUUGGGUUUUAGAUCUACAUGGAAGAUCCUGUUUAUUUAAGAACUACCUGCAUACAAAACAUAUUGCACAUCAACCAACCAGAAUGAUCCUUUAGAAAAAAACAAAAGAAAAUACUGUUGUUGACCCAACAGAAGAACUUGAGCUGGCGCAACUCUUAGUAGUCCAAAUUUGUCAUUCUGUGUCAAAGCCUCUCAUGAUGUAGCUUUUAGUGUCAAGUUAAGAGGUUGCCUUUUGUUUGUUUUUCUAUUAUUUUUUUUUUUUAAAUACUGUACAUAAGAUAAAAUAAAUAACCCUUCCUUUGUGGAAUAGUCGUCACCAGUUUCCAGCCAAACUAAAAUGAAGAAACAGCGCUUGUUAGCUACAUCUCUGUUCAGCACUUAACAGGAACAAGGCAGUUUCCAAAUACAAUUCAUUCUUGACAGAAAAAUAAGGUUCAGUGCAAAGGAAACAACUCUCCUAAUGUUUUUCCAGAUAUGCUGUAACAUUUCCUCGUGAACAACGUGGUUGCAUGUAGAAAAAGAGAAAGCAGCUACGUCAAACUUAUUAGUAUAGAAAGGAUAACAAACAUUAAGAACAGUCACACCUGACUUUAAAAGAUAUGGAUCUGAAAUUCUUUUCCGGGUCUUUUCAGUGGUUGCCUUCGCCAGCCCGCAGUGCCAAGCAAACACUUAAGACACGUCAUCUGGUCCAACUGUGGCAGGUGGGCAUCAACUACUGAAACCAAGCGAAAAGAUUUCAGAUAUUGUGCGGAUCAGGUUCAAACUAUUCUCAAGGCACAACAGCUGAUCACAUCGAUGUCAGGCAUACGGGGGCUUCCAAUCAACCUAGCUGCACUGUGGUAUUUCCCAUGCAGAAAAACUAUUGAAGUACAAACAACUUCAGAUGCACAUACUAUCCUGAAAAUGUUUUGGAAGCUUCUUCUUGUCCCCCUGGUAACUGCAGACUUAAAAAAGGGGGAAAAAGCCCUUACCAAAAAAGAAGAGCUGCAUUACUACCACAGUAUGGGUUUGAGUGGAAUCCCUGACUACUUCAAAUACUGCCUUCACACUCAUUCCUUGGACUGAAAAUGAACAUUUACAUAGAGUCUGUGUGUUAGACUAUCUUUGGCAAGCUUAUAUAGGAAGAGCUGCUAUAAGAAAUAGACUAACUGCAUGGAUAGUCGAACAGGAGUGUGUAAAGGAGUGGUGUGAGUACAGACCACUAAAAUGUGCACAGUGGAACAGAUUUCAAAUGUCCCUAAUGUAAAAAAAAGAACAGUUCCUGCUGCAAUCUUAACAUCUGAGACUCACUCAAUCGACUGAGAUUCCAAACGAUAGCAGAAAAGCGGAAAUAUUAGAAACCAUUUUCUUUCACUUGGGUCUGACUAAGAGAGACCGUUUACAGCAGACCGGGGGUCAGGGUCCUCUUUGCUGGACCCCUCGGUGGAGGGGUUUGGGACUUGGGCGGCAUUGUUCUCACUUUCCGUAGCGCUGUUAGAGCCAUUGGUGGUUGUGGAGGCAGCCUCUGGGCUGUGCUCUGCUAUGGCAUUCACCUGAUCCUAGGGGGGAAGGAACAAAUGGGAAAAGACAAAUGUUUCUCUCAUUCAUUUACGUUUUCAUUUACACGACCAGAGAAAACGAUGGACAGAUUUCACAAAUACAAAGCAUUAAUCCAGGGGUGUCCAAAGGGUGGCCUUUGGCUGUUUGUUUUUUAAAUUGAUCUGUGGCAUAUACUUAAAAAAAAAAAAAAAAAAAAAACAAGCAAAAAAGAAAAACAGCAAACAAAUGUGCAGUAAAUUUGACAAGAAUGAAGUCUAAAUAUUAAGAGAAAAAAAGUUCUAUCUAACGAGAAAAAUAAUUGAACAAGAAUAAUGUAAUAUUAUGAGGAAAAUUCAGUUUAGCAGCAUAAAGUUGAAAUAUUAAAGAAAAAAAUACAUUUUAAAGUUGUAAUUUUUAGAAAAUUGGAAAAGUUAAAAAGUUAUUUUGAAAAGAAAAGGCAAAAUAUCAAGAGAAAACUAUUUGCAAGAAGAAAGUUAGGACAGUAGAGACGAAAAAAACAGCUUUAUGAGAAUUAAUUCAAAAUAUGAAGAGAUAAAAAAUUUCAUUCUGAAGAGAAAAGUCGUAAUUUUACAAGAAUAAACUUGUUAUAAUAUGUGGAAAAAUAAUGUAAUUUUAGUAGCAUAGAGUUAAAAUAUGUUUUUUUUUUAAGUCAUAAUAUUUUGAGAGAAACAAAAGAAAAUAAAGCUGUAAUUUUUUUAAAAUUAGGUUGGGGGAAAAAUGUCAAUAUUAUGGGCAUAAAGUCAUAAUAUUAAAUAUUAAAAUGUACAAAGAUUAUUUAGGAAAGUUUAUAUAUUUGGAAAAUAGGGGGGGGAACCAUUGAAGUAUGACCAACUGUCAUACUAAUGAUGUGCUUUUUCACCCACAGUCAUGGAAAAAAUGGUUAAACCAUCCUUGUUUCUUCAUUUUCUUGUUCAUUUUAAUGCCUGAUAGAACUAAAAGUACCUUUGUUUGGACAAAUAUAACAAUAACAACAAAAAUAGCUCAUAAGAGUUACAUUUUUUGGCAGUACAAUGCUAUAGCUAUCCAUGUAAGAACUUAAGUGAUUUUGAUUAUGAAGAAAACCAUGGAAGCUGCUAGAUAUUUCUUAAAUGAAACUCUUAUGAGCUAUAUUUGUUAUCAGCAUUAUAUUUGUCCAAACAAAUGUACCUUUAGUUGUAGCAGGUAUUAUAAUGGAUCAAUAAACUGAUGAAACAAGGGUGGUCUAAUCGUUUUCCCCAUGACUGCAUCUCACAAAGCUGAGAUGCAGAAACAUAACUAAACUUCUUAGCAUAUGUUGAUUUAGAAAAUAUCAAAGUGGCCUUUGCAUCCUGUCAUUUUUCAAUAUUUGGCCCUUGGUGGAGAAAGUUUGGACACCCCUGCAGUAAUUUCACCAAAUAGCGGCCAACAAAACUCAAGUCUGUGCAGCGUCACGGUUUGCAAAUGAUUUGAUCAAAGGGAAGAACAUUAAAGUACAAACCUCAUCCUUGUUUUUCUUGGUGUCCUUGGUAGUCAUCUGUCUGCUCUGAGAGUCGGCCCUGGUCAUCAAGUCAGCCACAGUCACUGCAGAGAGAGGAGAUGUGAUUCAUGCAUGUGAACAUCCACUGGCUGUGUGAAAAGUGUCAAAGCAAGAACAGAUGAGUUGACAAAGCCGCCAAAUCACAUGUAUAAAAGGUGACCUUAUUUCUUAGUCAUCAAAAACAUGACUAACUACAAACCUAACUUCCAGUUGUAUGCGUUCAUCAAUUAUCAUUUAUUAUGAAUUAAUUAUAUUUUUUUGCACAACAGCAACAUGUGACCGUGACUGGAAUCCACAUAUUGUGAUUUAAAAAAAAUAAAAUCACAGUUUGUGGCUUUUAAAGAUCUGAAAUAAAAGUUUUUUUCUUCUGUAAUAAAAAAUAUUCGUGAAAAAUCACUCACUCUUGAAGAUGAAGGGUUCAAUUCAUAGCUUUCAACAGUGGAGACUUCCGACACGACAAAACGAUUGAACAAACACAAAGCAACACACCACAGGAGUAAAAACCACCCAGGCAGGCGUAGCAGCAACAUUAGUAGCGCAAGUCUUAAUUCUAACGGAAAUCAGUACGGCUCUGACAUAAAAAUAAUCCUUUGCUGUUUUAAAAUGAGAAAUUGAAAACCGGGAGCAUAUAAUCUGAUGUUCGGCCGCAAGAACCUCAACCAUCUUGUGUCAGAAUACAUUCAAAAACAGGCCUGUUUCAUUAUUUUAUACACAGCAGUUACAAAAUGAUUGCCGACAGAUCAAUGAAGACCUGUCAACCAUUCAGUAAUUUUAAAUUCAAUUGCAUUGUUUACAAUUUUGCAAAAAGGCUAAAAAAAACCCCCCAAAAAAACGGUUUGAACAUCAUGUCGUCACUAUCACUGUUUUUCAAAAAUUAAUUAAUAAAAUGACCACUCUUUCAUGGGUUGAAUACGCCUAUUAUUAGUCAAAACAUAUGCAUAUAUAAGCAAAUUGUACAUAUUUUUGGCCGUAGUUAAGCAUUUUCAAUCAUAAAAAUGGCUACACAAACUACAUUACAAAGGUAAGGCAUUUAGAAGAUGUUAUAUGUACUGUAGUAUCUGCGAUGGUGUGUGCACCUUUAAGAGGCGGAGCCUGGGAAUUGAUGUGUGUGAUGUCAGCUAGCUACUGUAUAGUUGCUGAGUGUUUGCAUGGUCAGCAGCAAGGUUCGCAGUGUGGAGAGUGCCUGUGACUGGCAUGAGUUGUGGCUGACAGCAGCUCCUGUGUGAAUGUUUACUGCACAUGUUCCCUGUGCCAUUGCAGUAGCAUUCUACUACAAUGGCCACUAAGUGUCAGGAAAGUUACAUUGAUGAGACAAUACUCUCCUUUCAUCGCAAGAAAACAUUAGUAAUUAGAGUGAGAAGGGAAGUGUUAUUGCAGCUGGAAUUAAUCAAUACGUUACAACAGUCAUUUUUUUGCAAAUGUUGAUCCAAAGACAGAGAAGGCAUUCAGUGAGUUGGGCUUUAUGCCCGCUGAGCGAGUUGUAAACCCACAGAAAAAUAAUAUUCUACAAGCCGACUAAUCACAGCCUUAAUGGUCUGCAAGGUUAGAUUUUUUGUUAGAGGUGCACGUCAAAUGAAGCAAGAGUGUUUUGCAGUGGGAGGAGUGAGGUGAUGUAUAAAGCGUAUCAGGAAAGUAGCGCACGAGCCGUAUUCAAGGGUCAAAAUGCGUCCAGAAUAUGUUACUAAAAAUGCAUUACUAUACUCUUUAAGGAAUUUGCUUGGAAGGUCAAUAAUCAUUUUAAAUCUGGCAGAGUGGGACUACAAGGAGGUCAACUUAAUUCUAACACGGCAAGCACGUGCAGAUGGUCAGAAGUUAAAAAAAAAAAAACACACCACUGCAAAGCAUUUAAACAGCUAAAUUAUUAUCAUAUCAUCUAUGAGCAUGAUGGCUAAAUUAGUUGACACAUCACACAAAAGCAGAACUGGUGCAAAAGGCAAAGUGAGCAGUGAUGAUACCUGGCUGCCUUUCUUCAGGCAAGCGAAUACGUCGUCGUCUACUACGAUUACGGCGUUGAGGUUGAGCUUCAGAGUCAUCUAUGGAUGGUGACAGGAAUUGGGAGCUAAACGUGAAUGUCCAGAAUAUAGAGACCUGUCUUGGCUGGUGCUGCCAAUUACAUUUCAAAUCAUGUGGUGUGCUAAGCCAAGUGUUUUUUUAAUGCUCAGUUGUUUUACCCGCUCAUGGUGAAGGGGAAGUAAUCUUUCCUUAUUUUGUGACUUCCAUACCUAUUCCAUUUUCACUCAUUGAAGCAUUGUCCGACUCGCUCAUUCCAUCCAUCAUUGUGGCGUCCUCAUCUGUUCUACGCCGUCGAGAUCUUCGCCGACGGUUGACAAGCAAGUUGGACUCACUAGCAUCUGUAUCAGCAGUCUGGUCAGUCUCUGUGUUUGUCUCCAAGGCAACAUACGCGCAGUUGUCAUCCCGAGGCCCUGCUGCAAAGUGAUUCGUUUAUUUAAACAAAAUACUCACCACUUGCUUUUCUCCUUACCUGCAUUCUCACCAAAUCUGAAAGUGCAUUUACCUGAGCUGUUACUGUAUCCUCCUCUUCCUCGUCCUCCUCGUCCUCUGCCUGGUCCUGGUCGCCUGCGACUAUCUCUUUGUGGACGUGGGCCUUUUUCCCUUUCCCUGCAAAUCAGUCAGCCAAUGCAUCCAUCAAUCCAAAGCUUUCAUGUGGUCAACAUAUAACACAGAACGCUUGGUAAUAAAAUCAGACACUUUACUAAACACUGUGGGACAAUCUAAAUGACACAAAGAACACCGAAAGAGCAUAUUGCACAGUACAAUACUACUAACCUAUUCUGCUCCUCUCCAGCCAGAGACCAAUCGCUGACCUCAUCUCGGCGCUCACAAUCAGUCUCUGAGGCAUUGGACUGCUCAGAGUUGGUGCCUAGCAGCAUCAAAGAAAGAGACACCCAAUGAAAUGCAUACAGUAUACAGUAUUUGCUCCAAUUGUGCCUCCUUUUCAGACAUGUUGAAUUGUGCAAAGGUAACUAUGUGAUGUUUCUAACUGUAACUUGUUAAGCAUGUCUGAAAUAAAUAAAACAUACCA